AAAAAAUAAAUAGACUUCCAGCUGAGAGCUGCGUGUAAUUUGGCUGACUUGGUAACCCGAGGCGGGAAGAAUCGAAGAGCGGAGUAUAGCACUUGACCCAUUUUAAACUCAAAUAAAGCCCUCUUCCUGCACCUCCAUUUUCAGCUUCUACCACAAGCUUUGUUCUUUCUGCCUCUGCAAUGGCUCGAAACCGGGAAGGAUUGGUAUUGUUACUCGAUGUUGGUCCAUCAAUGCACAGAGUUCUUCCUGAGGUUCAAAAAAUUUGUUCCAUGCUCAUACAGAAAAAGCUAAUUUACAGAAAAUUUGAUGAAGUUGGAAUUGUCAUAUUUGGAGCUGAAGACACUGACAAUGAGCUCACAAUAGAAGUUGGUGGAUAUGAGCAUGUUGUGGUUUUGCGAAAUAUCAAGGUUGUUGAUGGAGAUAUUGUUGAAGCAUUACAAGAACUUCCACGAGGAACUGUUGCUGGCGAUUAUCUUGAUGCUGUUGUUGUUGGUAUGGAUAUGCUGAUUAAAAAGUAUCAAUUAACAAACAAAGGAAAAAAACGUAUCUGUCUUAUAACAGAUGCACAGAAUCCUAUUAAAGAUCCAUACAAAGGAACCAAAGAUGAUCAAGUGAGCACUAUUGCUGUUCAAAUGGCUGCACAUGGAGUGAGGAUGGAGACCAUCAUUGUAAGGGGAAGAUUGGGUGAGGAUAUAGAUCAGAGAAUAGUCGAUGAGAAUGACCAUCUCUUGCAUCUAUUUUCAGAGAAAACAUCCGCUAAGACUGUGUAUGUUGAGAGUCCAACCUCAUUGUUAGGUGCACUUAGAACUCGAGAUAUAUCACCAGUUACAAUUUUCAGGGGUGACCUUGAAAUCAGUCCCAAGUUGAAGAUUAAGGUAUGGGUCUACAAGAAAACCUCGGAGGAGAAGUUUCCCACUCUGAAGAAAUAUUCUGAUAAAGCACCUCCAACUGAUAAAUAUGCCACACAUGAAGUCAAAGUAGAUUAUGAGUACAAAAGUGUUGAAGAUCCUAGUAAGGUUAUACCGCCAAACCAAAGAAUUAAGGGUUAUCGAUAUGGACCACAAGUGGUUCCUAUAUCAUCAGUUGAGUGGGAUGCUUUCAAGUUCAAGCCAGAAAAGAGUGUGAAGCUUCUUGGUUUUACUAAUGCUUCAAACAUAUUGCGACACUAUUACAUGAAAGAUGUCAACAUCUUUAUAGCUGAACCUGGCAAUGCGAGGGCUGCAAUUGCUGUUUCUGCCUUAGCAAGAGCAAUGAAGGAAUUGAAUAAGGUUGCAAUUGUGCGAUGUGUUUGGAGACAAGGACAGGGAAGUGUUGUUUUGGGGGUUUUGACACCCAACCUAUCUGAGAAAGACAAGACUCCUGAUUCAUUUUGCUUCAAUGUGCUUCCUUUUGCUGAGGAUGUCCGAGAAUUUCAGUUCCCUUCUUUCAGCAAUUUUCCCGCCUCAUGGCAGCCGAGUGAACAACAGCAACAGGCAGCAGACAACCUGGUAAUGAUGCUUGACCUGGCACCACCUGGAAAAGAGGAAGCUCUUCUUCCUGAGUUCACGCCAAAUCCUAUUCUGGAGCGCUUUUAUCAUCAUCUUGAGUUAAAAUCAAAGCAACCAGAUGCAGCUGUACCUCCACUAGACAGAACACUCAAGAAGAUAACUGAACCUGAUCCACAACUUUUUUCUGAAAGCAAAUCUGUUGUUGAAGCAUUCUGUAAAAGCUUUGAAGUUAAGGAGAAUCCAAAGCUUAAAAAAUCAACCAGGCGACUAUUGCAAGAGAAGCCUUCUGGCUCAGAUGAUGAAGGGGGUUAUGGAGACACGUCAAAUGCUCUAGCCAUCAAGUCUGAUGAAAGCCAACUCUUAGCUAAGGCUGAUAAAAUUGGGGAUUUAACUCCUGUCCAAGAUUUUGAAGCCAUGAUGUCCCGCAGAGAUAACCCAGAUUGGGUUGCUAAAGCAAUUAAGGAUAUGGAAAAUAAAAUAUGCAACAUGGUGGAGAAUUGCAAAGGAGGGGAUAAUUAUUGUAAAGCACUGGAAUGUUUGGUUGCCCUUCGCAAGGGUUGCAUCCUUGAGCAGCUUCUUCCUAUGGCAGGAACCAAAACAAUUCAACGAUUUCCUUCACCAUCUUUUCAGACUCUGCCAGGAGAAAAAGCUUGGCAAUUUCUGGGAAUUUCUUGCAUCAAAAGAGCUCACAUUGAUUUCCACAUCAGAAGCCAUAGACAGUGAGGUUACGGAAGAUGAAGCUAAAAACUUUCUGGUUAAAAAGUUGCCGAAACUCGAGUGAAAACAUGAGUUCCUGGUGUCAGCCUUGAAAUCCUGUGGCCAUUUAGCGAACGAUGGAAAUUAUAAAUCAUAUGUACAUAUAGCAGACUCCUUCAUUUUGGUAAUGCUUCGAUGUAUAUGUAAAAUCGAAUUUGUUUCAGUCAUGGAAGGCUUUGCUUAGAAAUGAAAAGAAUCAGUUGGUUAUUUUGAAAGUAAAGCGGCACCACUGGUUGGUCUUUUUAGGA